AUGGCAGACGGGAUUAUAACUGCAGUCCAGACUCUUGCAUCAACAGCGCUUUGUGGAGUGAUCCACUCUAUUUUCGGCGGACAGCCACUCUUGAUUUUAGGGGUAGCUGAGCCCACUCUUGAUUUGGGGCCUUCGCUUUUUCUAGCUUGGACUGGAUGGGUGUGCAUGUGGACUGCCUUUUUACUUUUCUUGCUGGCAAUUUUGGGUGCAUGCUCCAUAAUAAACAGAUGUACACGCUUGGCUGGUGAGUUAUUUGGACUUCUGAUUGCAAUGCUCUUUAUGCAGCAAGCGAUUAAGGGACUCGUCGAGGAGUUUGGGAUACCCGAGAGAGAAAAUCCUAAACAGGCUGCAUUCUUACCUUCUUGGCGCUUUGGAAAUGGAAUGUUUGGCCUUCUUUAUACAGCGUUGAGUAGCCGCAAAACAAGGUCAUGGCGCUAUGGGACGGGUAGGCUCCGGGGAUUAAUUGCUGACUAUGGCGUGCCCUUUAUGGUGCUUGUUUGGACUGCAAUAUCUUAUAUACCGGUUCACGAUGUGCCACAAGGAAUACCACGACGGCUAUUCAGCCCAAAUCCAUGGUCUCCCGGUGCAUAUAAAAACUGGACAGUUAUAAAGGAGAUGGUGCUUGUGCCUCCACUAUAUAUUGUUGGAGCAUUUAUUCCGGCAACAAUGAUUGCCGUGCUAUACUACUUUGACCACAGUGUUGCAUCUCAACUUGCGCAACAAAAGGAGUUCAACCUUAAGAAACCUUCUUCGUAUCACUAUGACCUCCUUCUUUUAGGCCUCUUGGUCAUAGUAUGUGGUCUUAUUGGCAUUCCCCCUUCCAAUGGAGUUAUUCCACAAUCUCCAAUGCAUACAAAAAGUUUGGCUACUCUGAAACAUCAGGUAUUAUUGCUUAUUUUCUUUAGUAAUUUUUAAA